AAUAAUUCAAAGUAAACCUGCAAGAGGCACAGAAAGAGAUUUUUUAACUGCGUUUACGCUAUUGUUAUUUUUCUAAAGCAUUUGGAAACCAAGAACUAUGUCUGACUACUACGUUGACGAAUACGAACACUUCAACUACGAUUACGACAAGCAUAUUUUUACUGGUCACAGUGGAAAACAGCGAAGCAAACGCGAGGCUCUUGCACACACAAAUCAUUUCGAUCCGUGCGGCCAUUCCAGAAAGAUCCUCACCAAAUUGAUGAAUUCUGAACACAACAAACGGAAUGUUGGAAAGACCAAAGCAUAAAGAAGACUCAGGGUUGCUGUCCAAUUUUUGGAGAAAGUAUUUGUCAAUUCCAACAGAUUGAAGUUUUUUGAACAUCCUUGAAUACAAUAAACGACUUUUUCAUUUCUUUUAUUCUUAGUAAUGCAUUUAGUCACUGAACAUAAAUGCUCACUUAGGCUAAGAUAAUUAGUACUUACUACAAAUAUAUAUUUCAUAAUCAUUAUUCUUAUUCAUGUUAUGUUGUAACUUAUAGGGUAUAUAUGUAUAACUAUCUUCUAGACUACUCGAUCCAGAACAACCUGAACCUGGAUUUCUCUUGAUAGAUUAAGAAGUUAAAUAAUAUUUGUAUUGGAUUCACACACUAUACAAAUUUUUUAGGUACAGUGCAUCUAGUUAUAAAUGUUUCAUUUCAUUGGUAUUGAAACACAAUUGCUCAAUUUAGAAAUUAGGAAUUUACUUUACUAUACGAAAACAUUUUAUUCAAUAUGAAUAUUGAAGAAAUUUGCACUUGCAUUUGUUUUCCAAGAUAUUGUAAGUUAAAUUUUUGUUAUAUUCGAAAGAGCAAUUUUGAGUUCACUAGGAAGUUGAAGUAUUUUAGAUAAAAAAGGUGACUGUACAAUUUUGGUGAACAAUAAAAUUUAUAUUUAUUAAAAAAAA